AUGUUCUACUCAGAAACCCUUUUGCAGAAAUCCGGGCCCUUGGCCCGGGUCUGGCUUUCAGCCAACCUUGAGCGCAAACUCUCCAAGAAUCACAUCUUGCAAUCCAAUGUCACAGACAGCGUCGAAGCUAUCAUCACGCCGAAUCAGGCGCCAAUGGCUCUCCGUCUUUCUGGUCAGCUUUUGCUUGGUGUUGUCAGAAUUUAUCAGCGCAAGACGCGUUACUUGCUCGAUGAUUGCAACGAGGCCAUGAUGAAGAUAAAAAUGGCCUUUCGUUCUAGUGGAAACAACGACCUUGCUUCUAAUCUCCAGGUUUCCAACCGCGAGUCGCUGCUUUUGCCCGAUCGCAUCACGCCAUAUGACAAUCUCGACCUGCCUCCCCCCCCAGAUGCCUCAUGGCUUCUUUCGCAAGUUGACGACGUCACUGCAACUCCUGUUGGCCGUAAGGGUCGAACAAACAACCGCGAUAUCAAUCUCCAGGAAGACUUCGACAACAGCCAGUUUUUGAGAGGCCCAGGAGCCCUUGACGACGACCUGAUGCCCACCAUGGAUGACCUUGACCUGGAUCUAGAUUUUGGUGAUCUCGAGGGUGGUGUCAGCAAUAUGGAAAUUGGUCGAGAUGCACCCGCGCCUCGAGAUGUAGAAGACGACAUCUCCAGCGAAAUGGAAAUUGGCCUUGGCAAACCUGCUGAUGGCCCUUCUACAUUCGAUUUAGGUUCCGAUAACAUCCAGAUAAUCGACGGUGAUGGCGACUUACCUAUGCCUGAUGGCGACGAUUUUGGUUUCAACCUAGAGGACAUGUCCAAUGUACGCGAUCUCUCUGCGCUACCGCAGUCUCGCGCGAGAAUCUCGGAAUCGCCUCUGUCAGACAUCGACGAACACUUUGCCCGGGAAGUGGAGGAACAAUACGCUACCAUCACAGACAUGUACGAGCCUGCCGACGAAACAGAGACCACGACUGUUCGUCGCCCUGCACAACGCUCCAGAAAGCAGAAGAUUUUGAUGCCCGACGAGGAAAUUUCUCUCUCCAGCAGUCUCAUCAAGCAACAGCAAGCCAACCGUGAAAAUAUUAUCAAGCCAGCCCGUUAUGUUCCCCGCGAUCCUGUGAUGCUUGCUCUCAUGGACAUGCACAGGAACGGUGGCUUCGUAUCGUCAAUCAUGAUGGACGGCCGAAGCACUGCUUGGGCACCCGAGUUGCGCGGCAUGCUCACUCUGGAUAUGCUACGCGACGACCUCAAGAGAAAACGUGACAGUGGCAUUGCGGACGUCGAAAGUGAGCGCGGUGCCGCCAAAUCGCCUCGUCUGGAAUUUGACGAAGACACCAACAUCGGACUGGACAACAACUUUGCUGACCGCAGCAUUGGCCCUGAUGGCACCAUCAUUCAGCUCGGCGAUGACGGUGGCUUCGACAUUGGAGGCGAUGAUAGCGGCUUCCCAGACUUCAACGACACCACUGUGCCCAUUGUGCACCCUGAAGAGAGCGGACCCGUUUCUAUCGGCACCAAGCACGCCGUUCACAUCCUGCGGGAUCUAUUUGGAUCAGAAGCCGCUACUAGCGCCGAGAAGCGAACGCAAUCAACCGUUGUCUUCCAAGACCUCCUCCCCGAGAAGCGCACAACCAAAGCCGAAGCCACGAAAAUGUUCUUCGAGUGCCUUGUGUUGGCCACCAAGGACGCCAUCAAGGUUGAACAAGGUCCGGAGCUCGGGGAUAAUAUCCGCGUGCGCGGCAAGCGCGGGCUUUGGGGCGAGUGGGCAGAGAGAGAGGCCGGCGGCGAGAUUGCCCACAACGACAAUGAAUCGGCGCCCCUAGCUGCGCAUACCGUGGCCGUCGGCGCUUAG